GCAGGCAGCUCGCCGGGUGCGCUGGGGCCUGAGGAGCCCGGCGGCCUCCCUUGGUGUAAAUGAGCAGCGCGGGGCGGGAGGACUCCCGGGGCAGUGGCGGCGGCCGUUGGGGUGCGACCGUCCCGCCCGGCUCGGGUCCUUUCGUCUUCCGGGCUCCGCUGAGAGAGCUGCCCUUCGCUGCCCGGUGUUUUGAGGCCAAGAUCCCGAGAGGGAUUUUUUGACCAGUAGUAGGGUGGGCGCGUCAGUUGGUUAAUCGAGGUUGCAUUUGUAAUCCCUGAAACAGCCCAGUGAAAGCGGAAGAGUCCCCGGCCGCCUAAAGUCCAUGAUCAAGUGGUGCCAGCAGGAAGCUCUUCAUCUAGAGUCAUAGUACACGUGGAUCUGGAUUGCUUUUACGCACAAGUAGAAAUGAUCUCACAUCCAGAACUAAAGGGCAAACCUUUAGGGGUUCAGCAGAAAUUUUUGGUGGUUACCUGCAACUAUGAAGCUAGGGAACUUGGAGUUAAGAAACUUAUGAAUGUCAGAGAUGCAAAAGAAAAGUGUCCACAGCUAGUAUUAGUUAAUGGAGAAGAUUUGACUCGUUACAGAGAGGUGUCAUAUAAGGUUACAGAGUUGUUGGAAGAAUUUAGUCCAGUUGUUGAGAGACUCGGAUUUGAUGAAAAUUUUGUGGAUCUAACAGAAAUGGUUGAGAAGAGACUAGAGCAGCUUCAAAGGGAUGAACCCUCAGCACUGACUGUGUCGGGUCAUGUAUACGGUAAUCAGCCUAUAAACCUGCAUGACAUCUUGCACAUCAGACUACUUAUUGGAUCUCAGAUUGCAGCUGAGAUGCGGGAAGCCAUGUAUAAUCAGUUGGGUCUCACAGGCUGUGCUGGAGUGGCUUCUAAUAAAUUAUUGGCAAAAUUAGUGUCUGGCAUCUUUAAACCAAAUCAGCAAACACUCUUACUACCUGAAAGUUCUCAAGAUCUCAUUCAUAGUUUGAACCACAUAAAGAAAAUGCCAGGUAUUGGCUAUAAAACUACCAAACGUCUGGAAGCACUGGGUAUCAGUAGUGUGCGUGAUCUUCAAACCUUUUCAUCCAAAAUAUUAGAAAGGGAAUUAGGAAUUUCAGUUGCUCAGCGUAUCCAGAAGCUCAGUUUUGGAGAGGAUAACUCUCCUGUGACCCCCUCAGGACCUCCUCAGUCCUUUAGUGAGGAAGAUUCAUUUAAAAAAUGUUCAUCAGAAGUUGAAGCUAAAAAUAAGAUUGAAGAGCUACUUGCUAGUCUUUUGAACAGAGUCUGCCAAGAUGGAAGGAAGCCACAUACAAUAAGAUUAAUAAUCCGUCGGUAUUCAUCUGAGAAGCACUAUAGCCGUGAGAGUCGUCAGUGCCCAAUUCCAUCCCACAUAAUUCAGAAGUUAGGGAUAGGAAAUUAUGAUGUGAUGACCCCAAUGGUUGAUGUACUUAUGAAACUUUUUCGAAAUAUGGUGAAUGUGAAGAUGCCAUUUCAUCUUACCCUUUUAAGUGUGUGCUUCUGCAACCUUAAAGCCCUAAAUACUGCUAAGAAAGGGACUAUUGAUUAUUAUUUAACACCAUCAUUAUCAACAACUUCACGCUCUGGCAAGCACAGUUUUAAAAUGAAAGACACUCAUAUGGAGGAUUUUUCUAAAGACAAGGAAACAAAUUGGGAUUUUCUACCAACUGGAAAAAUUGAAAGUACUAGAACUGGGGAGUCUCCACCAGAUACUACAAGUUUUUCUAAAGAAAAAGACAGUAACGAACUUCCACUCUCCUCACUUCCUGCGGGUAUUGACCAAGAGGUCUUUAAGCAGCUUCCAGUAGAUAUUCAAGAAGAAAUCCUUUCUGGAAAAUCUAGAGAAAAAGUUCAAGGGAAAGGAAGUUUGAGUUGUCCAUUACGUGCUUCUAGAGGAGUAUUAUCUUUCUUUUCUACAAAACAAAUGCAAGAUGGUUCCUUAAAUCCUAGGGAUCAUGUAUCCAAUACCAAACAGAUAUCCUCUGUAUCUCCCUGUGAACCAGGAACAUCAGGUUUAAAUAGCAGUAGUUCCUCUUAUGUGUCUAGCCAAAAGGAUUAUUCACAUUAUAUAGACAGUAACUUAAAAGAUGAACUAAUGAGUCAAGGACCUAAAGAGUCUCAAGGAUUCCACUUUUCAAAAACAGACCCUGCUGUAUCUGUUUUCCAUUCAUUUCCAAAUGUGCAGAGUGAGCAACUUUUCUCCAAAAACUGCACUACAGACAGCCAUAAACAACCGAUGGCAACAGUCUUUAUUCAUGAAGGACUUACAGAAAAUAGAGAGCAAGAGUCUACCAAAGAGAAAAUUACUUUUCCUUCUGACAUUGAUCCUGAAGUUUUCUAUGAACUACCAGAAGAGGUACAAAAAGAACUGUUGGCUGAUUGGAAGAGAACAGGAUCAGAUUUCCACACUGUACAUAAAUAAGCAUGCUCAGAAAAAAGGGAAAGACGUUCUCAGAUUAACAGUUUAUUAAGCUCUUCUAAAUUAAACACUAAUACUUUCAAUAAUGUAGAAACACAAUAUAAAAUGUUCCAGAUAAAGCAAACAUAGUUAUGGGAAGUAAAUUCUGGCACAAAGCAUAAAAAUAUUCGUAACAGAAAUAAUGUAAAAUGUUACCUUCCUCUUAUUUCUAAAGCUAUUUUAUAUUGCUUUUCAAUAAAAAGAAUAUCAUGGUCAGCAUUAGUACAUUUUCCAUUCAUUGUGGAAACAUUGGGAGGAAGAUAUAUAUGACUGUAUAUAAAAAAUAGAGUGGCCAAAUCAUUGGUAUGCUGUACCAAAGAGCAGGUUUUUUCUAUGAACUAUGGAGUUGCUCAAGAAAUUCACCUCAUUAGGAAAUAGCUAUAAGAAAUUCUAUUGCCUGCUAAAAAUGUAUGUCUUUGACUGAAGUACUAUGUACCAUUCAAUAAGUUGAUUUAAAAAAAAUACCAAAGCAAUGUAUAUUCAAUUAAUGAUUCUUAGUAUACCUAGAACCUACCACAAUGCCUGGCACACAGAGGGUGCUCAGUAAGUAUUGAACGAAUGAGUUGUGUGGCAGAGGCCCAGCAGGGAAUUGGUCUGGGGAGUGUAUUUGUUGUAAAGAACUAGAAGGAACUCUCCAUACAAGUUGAUUAAGGGAAGGAUGACACUAGAAAUUCAAAGUGAUAGGUCUUUAAGAAUGUCAGAUAAUGGAAGAAGUCCAUUUCCUCUGGCCAGUCUGUAGGGUCUAAAAACAAUGGAUUAGGUGUGUUUUAAUCUCUACAAUUUUGUAGAUGAAGAUUUGGAGAUGAGAUUAAGGAUAUCAUACACAGUGACUAAAUUGAUGGGUAUCCUAUUUCUCCCAUUGUUGUUGCGUUCCCCUUUUGCCUUCAAGAUUAAGAAUCAGAUAUAAGCUUGUGGACAUUUUAUAAUUUGCAGGACAUAGAGAAUGUUUCUAGAAGGCACCAAAGUGUGGGUCAGCAUUGGAUUGGAGUAGGUCUGUUCUCAAGUUUAUAUCCUUUCCAGAUAUAAGAAAGAAAGGAUGAUAAAAAUAAUGUACAAACAUGAAUAAAAGUUGUUUAAAAAUAUUUUCUUCCUGGUGAGGACUUUUAAUUAGUUUUAGAUUUCUUGACAUCUGAAAAUUCCCUAACAAGGAUUUUUAACAGGGAGUUGGGGUUAUCAAAAACAAUAACUUGGAGCAAGAAUGUCAGAAAUUAUUUACCAUGCAAAUAUUUAGUGCUUAGGAUCAAAGGCUAUAGAAUUUUCUACAUGCAGUAUUCUGGUAAGGUAGUUAAAAUUCAUAUGAAGGGAUAUAUUACUUUUUUGGAUAAUACAUUUUUACAAAGUUUCUAAUAAUCCUUGUAAUUGUUUCAGCCAGAAAUCAUUGGACAACUGAAAAGUUAGGAAAAAAAAGGUUAAGAAAAGUAAAGUAAACAGUUUGGGACAGUUUAAAAAGAGAAAAUAAAGUAGUAAAAAGUACACUUUCUUAAGUGAGAAUGCAAGGGGUAUAUCACCGCUCUGCUAUUUAUUUAUUCUGUGGCCUUAAGUUGGUCUUUCAACAUCUUUGUGCCUCAGCGUCUGACUUUUUAGAUUAUCUUUUUAUCUCUAUCUACUUUUAAUAAAAUAAUGUCUUUUUUCUUUGGUGUUCUACAGGUUUACUGUAAUGUUUGGAGAUGUGAAUUUCUUUUUAUUUAUUCUUGGUGUAUGCUGGCUUUCUGUAUCUUUCAAUUCAUUUUAGUUCUAUUAAAUUUUUAGCCACUCUUCAAAUACUGCUGCUCUAUUCUUCUAGGACUCUAAUUGCACAAAUGAUGGACUUUCUUACUCUAUCAUGUCCUUUAAUCUUUCAUAUUUUUCAUCAUCUUGUUUGUGCUGCAUUUUGGUUAAUUUCAUCAGCUCUGUGUCUUAUUUAGUAAUUCAUUUUUCAGCAAUGUCUGAUCGAUUUAAAAACACUAAUGAUGGUUUUAAUGUCAGUAGUUAUAUUCUUCAUUUUAUUCUUUUUCUAAUCUUCCUGUUUAUUCAUUAUAGUCUCUUGUAAGUCCAUUUCUAAUUUUAAAAUUUUCAUAAAUAUUUCAUAUUCUAUUUCUGAUCAUUUCAGUAUUUUAAGUCUUAUAAGUCUAAAUUUUUGUGUGUACCAUUGUGUACUAAAUACUGUUGUGUACUAUUUUGGCUUGUUUUCUUUAGUGUGUGGCUAAGCUAAAUCUGUGGGAAAACAAAGGACCUAAAUUGUGUAUACUUUCCUUCAGAUGUGAUUUUGCAUUUGCUUCCAGUGAGGCAGUACCAAACCCAUUGGCACCACUGUAGCCCCGGCAAGGUUCCUGACUGAAUGCAGUUUGUCUUUGUCUUAUUUUCAGCACUCAGACAAGUUUGCUUCUUGCCUGAUGCUUCCUGCUCCUUUCCUGCUUUUGUUUCAGCUCAAUUUUUUUUUCCCCUGUGUGAGUGUAGAGGGAUGGGACCUGGAAAUUUCUCUUAUAUAGCACAACCCAGCAAUGAAUUAAAUCGUUUGUUUUCUUCAGAAUCUAGUGUUUUGUAUUAGGGAAACACUUAAGAGUAUCUAUCCCACCAUAGUGCAGAAGUGCAAGUCUGUUCGGAUUUACUUUUUCCAUCUUAUUUUGUGCUUUCUAUUUUUUUCUUUUUCUAUGCUAUGCUUCUUUCCCAUCCUUAUCCCUUUCCUGUCUUCCUUUUGGCUUGGUUGAAUUUUCUAUUUUCCUUCUACUGAUUUGAAAUUUAAACAUUCUAAGUUUUUGAUUAUCCUUAAAAAUUUAACAUACUUAACAUCUAAAAAUUGUAUAUAUCUGUACCCUCUUUCCAAACAACACAAAGAUGUUAAAAUAUAUUAAUUUUAAUCAAAUUCCUCUAGUUCUUUAUAUAACCUCCAAAUUGGAUAUUGUUAGUAUUUUAUAUAGUUAAUGUUUGGGUUUGCUCACAUGUUUAUCUUUGUUGGUGGGGGUGAGGCUCACCUUUUUUUCUUGUAUUGCAGAUGUUUCUUCAAAAUAGGAUUAUUUUUACUUUCUGAAAUUAUGUCUUCAGAACUGUGGAUUUAGAAUUGACUUCUUGGGUUGUUUUAAAAUAUAUUUACUUUUAUCUUUGGAGGUCUGCAGUUUUUACUAUAUGUCAAAAUAUAUAUUUAUUUUUAUCAUGUUUGGGAUUUGGGUGCUUUCUGAAUCUGCAGAUUUAUGUCUUUCAUUGAAUCUGGAUUAAUAUCAAUAUUUUAAAAUUUCUAUUGUCAAAUAUGUGUACAGGAAAGUACAUAAAUGAAUGGACAUGUUAAUGGGUAAUCAUAAGCAAAAACUAUGUAACAUCCAGGUCAAGAAAUAAAAUAUAUCAAGGGAUCAGGAAGUUUGGAGUUUU